GGACAAAUGUAAUACAUGGUAGCUUGUUUCUCUAAAGUGUCAAAUAUAUUGAAACAAACCCAAUUUUCCAAAAAUUAUUAAGUGGGACUAGAGGAGUAAUGUUGUUAAUGAAAAGUCCCCACUUCAAGUUUGAAGCAUCUAGCUAGUUCACAAUACUACUUAAACACCCGCGUUCAUUGUAAUGAAGCCUUAGUUAUUUGUGUAGGUUUCAAGGGCCUCAUCUCUCUAUUCUUGUAAUACUCACUCUUCAAAAUGUGUAGGGGAACCAUUCUGCUAAAAUAUUUCAAAAUACUAUACCUAAUCCUUGUCAUCCUUCUGCAGAUUUUUCAAACAUGCAGUGCUAGGAAGAGCAAACACCAUUGUCCACCCUAUUGUCCCCCUUCUGCUUGUGGUCAUAUCCGUAAUAUAAGUUACGCUUUCCCCUUAAAGACCGAUCGAAGAGAUUCCGGUUUUCUAUCAUUUAAAUUAGCUUGUGAAGGUAACCAAACGGUUAUAUCGAUACUCUCCAAGAAGUUGUAUGUGCAAGCCAUCAACUAUGAUAACCGGACACUUCGCCUGGUAGAUCCAACUUUACAAACACAAGAUAUAUGCUCUCUGAGACCUUGGCUUCCCUUCCCACUAUACGAUAGAAUAUUUGAGUCAUCAUAUUAUUAUACCAAUGGAUCUCUUAAAAGAGUAGCAGAACCUAUGUUCAAGUUCAACUGUCCAUUUGCGAUUAAUAGUACUUCUACAUUUGGCUGCAUAUUAAGGGGACACACUUUCUUAAAGAUUGGAGAAAUGAAUGCAUCUGAAGUCAUUGAUGGAUGCAGGGCAGAAUUUAUAGGGCUGACCUCUUGGCCUAAUAUUGAAGGUGACAACAACAUUUCCCUUUCUGAUUUUCAUCAAGCAAUCAGCUAUGGCUUUGAGCUCCGUUAUAUGGGAAGGACAAGUGUUAUUGAAUGGAUUUCAUGGAUCAUGAGAAGAUAUCUACCUGUGAGUUUCAUAAUGUAUUCGACAGCAAAAUUUGUAAUCGGCCUUCCAUUCAUAAUUGCAUUUUUGGUGUUCAAAUUCAAAAGGAGGCAUUUAUCAAUGUACGAUACGAUUGAAGGCUUUUUGCAAACACAAAAUAAUUUCAUGCCAAUCAGAUAUAAUUACUCCAACAUAAAGAGAAUGACCAGAGGGUUCAAACAAAAAUUAGGCGAGGGAGGCUAUGGCAGUGUAUAUAAAGGAAAGCUUCGAAGUGGAAGAGAUGUAGCAGUGAAGAUGUUGAGCAAGCCUAAAACUGGUGGUCAAGAUUUCAUGAAUGAAGUAGCUACCAUUGGAAGGAUUCAUCAUGUCAAUGUUGUCGGACUCGUAGGGUAUUGUGUUGAGAGAACAAAGCGUGGUCUUGUAUACGACUUCAUGCCCAAUGGAUCACUUGAUAAGUACAUUAGUAAAGAAGGAAGUCCUCUGUUAAGUUGGCAGAGGCAGUAUGACAUUGUUCUUGGAGUGGCUCGAGGAAUCGAAUAUUUGCAUCGAGGUUGUGACGUACGAAUUUUGCACUUUGACAUCAAGCCACACAACAUUCUUCUGGAUGAGAAUUUCAUUCCAAAGAUUUCUGACUUUGGGCUUGCGAAAUUAUAUCCAACAGAUAAUAGCAUUGUGACUCUCACAGCUGCUCGUGGAACGAUUGGAUACGUAGCUCCUGAGUUGAUUAGUAGGAGCAUUGGAGCAAUCUCUUAUAAAGCUGAUGUUUAUAGUUUUGGAAUGCUGCUAAUGGAAAUGCUCGACUUGAAAAGAAAUGUAGUUGCAGAUGAAGACAAUUCCAGCCAGUAUUUUCCUUCUUGGGUUUAUGAUAAGUUGAACAAGGGCAAGGAGAUAGUGGUGGAUGAAGAAGCAAAUGAUGAUGAAAAGAAGAUGGCUAGAAAGAUGACUUUAGUUGCGUUAUGGUGCAUACAAACAAAUCCGGUACAACGCCCUUCAAUGAGUAAAGUAGUAGAAAUGCUUGAAGGUGAAGUUGUAGUGCUAGAAGUACCUCCUCAGCCUCUUCAAUCUCAACCAAUUGCUUUGUUUCAUCAGAUGGAAAGUUCCACGACGUUUUCUUCUGAUUCAAUGGCUUUGUUAGAAAAUUCUGUUGAUAAUCUCGUUGAAUUAAAUAUGUCAUGAUUGAUUCA